AUGGCGGUCUUUUCGCUCCCGUCUGGACGAACCAUCUCGUACGAGCUCACCUACUCCAAUGAGCCAACGCGACCCACCGUCCUCCUCUCCAAUUCACUCUCAUCCCAGUAUCGUUUCUGGGACCACAUCGUAGAACGCCUCCACGAUGCCGGAUAUCGCGUUCUGCGCUACGAUCACCCCGGCCAUGGCGCCUCAGGCGUGCCCGACGAUCUCUCUUCCACUACUUUUGCCUCUCUUGUCGAAGACGUCUACGCCCUUCUGACCAGCUCUGAUGUCGCUGCUGCCUUCCACGGCCAUCACUCCCCCGAUGCUGCUUUCACCCCUUCACUGCACGCCUGGAUUGGCGUCUCCAUGGGUGCUGCACUAGGCGUGGUCUUCAGCAGCCGUUACCCCGGCGUUGUCCAGAAACUUGUCAUUUGCGACACCAUCUCUGCUUCGCCAAAGAACGCCGGCGUGCCCGAUGCUUUUAUCCCACGCGUGGCUGCCGCCAGAGAGCAUCGAUCUAUGGAGAAGGCCGUGGCCGAGACUUUGGACCGCUGGUUUGGACAAGACUGGAUCAAGGCCAACCCAACCGAAGCGGAGCGUGUGCACACACUGAUGAAGCAAACCAGCGUUGAUGGCUUCGAGACCUGUAUUGCCGCCCUGAGGUCCGAUUCCUUCGAUAUCCGACCCUUGAUGCCGGGGCUUGGAAACUGUGUUCAGCAUGUUUUACUCGUGGUUGGCGAGAAGGAUGGGGAUCUGCCAGAGAAGAUGAAGGAGUUGCGGGAUACUUGCCCAGAAAACCUAAAGGCUGAGCUCAAGGUCAUCCUGAAUGCUGGACAUGUGUCCUUUGUUGAUGGCAGGGAGGACUUUUUGAAGACAGUGCUGCCAUUCUUGGGCGAGAACUAG